UUUUCAAGAAUUUUUCUUUGUUUUUAGUUUUCAGAAAUUUGAUUAUGAUGUGUCUCAGCUUAGACCUACUUGGAUUUAUCCUGUUUGGGUUUUGCUGAGGCCUGGGAAUGAUGAAAACAGGAAGAUUUCUGAGGAAGAGUUAAAGUGUUGCAUAAUUUAAGCUCAUAAAUAACUGUUCCAGCUAAAUAUGUUUCCAUAUUACUUUUUGCUUUUGUUUCCAUAUUACUUGAUUGACAAGUUAGAAUGUAGUUGAUAGGAAAUACAAACUAUAAUAGUAUUUUAACUUCUGUUACUAUUAUGUCUUUUCAGCAGAGGGCUUUUUCAAUCUGUUCAUAAAAUAAAUAUUCUAGUAUAUUAAUGAAUGUUACAUAUUCCUAGAGCAUAGAGAGACAACCUUAUAAAAUCCACUGGGAGAUGUUAAAAAAAAAAAUCCUUUAGGAAUGGUUUUAGUCCUCAUUUCGUCUUUAAUAUUUUUCCAGGGGCACCUGGGUGGCUCAGUUGGUUAAGCAUCCAUCUAUUGGUUUCAGCUCAGGUCAUGAUCUCAUGCUUUGUGAGUUCAAACCCCACAUCAGGCUCUGUGCUGACAGUGCAGAGCCUGCUUGGGAUUCUCUCUCUGCCCCUCUCCCACUCUUUCUGUCUCUCUCCCCAAAAUAAAUAAACCUAAAAUAAUUUUUUUAAUUAAAAAAAAAUAAAAAUUUUCCAGAUUUAUCUACAAAUAAAGCAUGCACUGGGCCAUAUCUUAUGCUAUCCAAAAAAAUUCUCUAUCCAUGUUUUGAAUACUGUGGCCAGUUUUUUCCUAUUGGAAUGAGAUGUUUCGUGGAGUUUCUAGAGUCCAUUUGAGGUUUCAUCUGGUGCUAUCAAGUCACCAUUCUGAUUGUGGCAGCUCUUAUCUUUAUAGAUUUUACAACUUGAUCAUCCCAUGUUUCUUUUUGGAAUGUCAGACCAGAUUUUGCGUGUCUGUGAUGGAAUCUUUGAACUUCUCCAUAGAUUUAUGAUUUUAUUCUUUUAUCUGAGGCCCCUGCAUAAGGACUUGUGGUCAAAGAACUUAGUUUAUAACACACUUUAAAGUAGUUCUAUACUUACAUAUGUAUGUAUACUAGUACAUACAUAGCAUGUUAGCUUGUAUAGUAUUUUUAUUGUGUGUUGUCUAUUUUAGGUAGUGUCAAGCUAUCAAAUAUAAGUCAGUUUGUCCCCUCUUCUCCCUCCCUGUUUGUUUUGUUGUUUGUUUUUGUGGGUUUAUUGGUAAGGGGACUUUAAAUAACUUGAAACUUUUACUCUGAAGGAUCUAGUGUUUCAUGGUAGUGGAGUUGUGAUGGCAGAUAUGGUGACUUAAAUAUGAAAGGAAAUCUGUAUUAUUAUCCAUCUAUAGCAUUUGGUAAUUCUCUUUGGAAGUUUGGAGAAAGGACAGGACAUUGUUGGAUGCUAAUGUUUCCCUAGAAGCAGUAUCUUGGAUAGACACUGGAUAGUUGUCCUUCUGUGUUUUAGCUAGUAUGGGACAUUGAUAACUAAUGACCCUUUUGCUUCUCGUUUUUUCAAGUACCUUUUGCUAAACCUCUCAAAUCUUAGAAGACAAAUCUUUUGGUUGUUUUAUCUGGGGAGCCAGAAGUAUUAAUUUCCAGCUUGUUUAAUUUUGGAAGCUCUCUAGAAAUGUCUAGUCACAUAUUGAAGAUUUUGUAAAUUGGCAGUUUUACCCUUUAAUUUAUUCCAAUUGAAUCCUAUUAUUCAGGUUUGAACUAGUACAGUAGACUCUAACAGUCACAUUCUGUAGCAAAUUUCUGUCUUCCUAAAGUUGAUGAAAUCCUUAAUUAUAGCCGUUAACUGGGAUCCAUAUGAGAGUUUUAACUUAUAGAGCUGGCUUCUGGCCUAGUAAUUUUAUAGUGUGAUUUUACUUUUUGAGAAAAUCCUGAAGAGAGUAUGGCUCAUAUAGAAGGUAAGGUAAAACUUAGUAUAAAGAGAAAAUUUGAAGAUAGUAAGUUUCAGGGGCACCUGGGUAGCUUAGUUGGUUGUGUGCCCAACUCUUGAUUUCAGCGCAGAUCAUGAUCUCACAGUUCAUGAGAUCAGCACAGAGCCUGCCUGGGAUUCUCUUUCUCCCUCUCUCUGCCCACCCCCAGUCUGUGGCCUGUCUCUGUCACUCUCAAAAUAAAUAAAUAAACAAACAAACAAAAAGAUGGUAUUCCUUUAGAAAUGAGUUGCACAAUUGAGAAGGCACUUGCUGAUGCCAAAGCUCUUGUUGAAAGAUUGAGAGAUCAUGAUGAUGCAGCAGAAUCUCUGAUUGAGCAAACCACAGCUCUUAACAAGCGGGUAGAAGCAAUGAAGCAGUAUCAGGAAGAAAUUCAAGAACUUAAUGAAGUUGCAAGGCAUCGGCCACGGUCCACAUUAGUUAUGGGAAUCCAGCAAGAAAACAGACAAAUCAGGGAAUUGCAACAAGAGAACAAAGAAUUGCGUACAUCUCUGGAAGAACAUCAGUCUGCCUUGGAACUUAUAAUGAGCAAGUAUCGAGAGCAAAUGUUUAGACUGCUAAUGGCUAGCAAAAAAGAUGAUCCAGGUAUAAUAACGAAGUUAAAAGAGCAGCACUCCAAGAUUGACAUGGUACAUCGUAACAGCUCCGAAGGAUUCUUCCUUGAUGCAUCUCGACACAUCUUUGAAGCAUCUCAACAUGGACUGGAGAGGAGGCACUUGGAAGCAAAUCAGAAUGAAUUACAAGCACAUGUUGAUCAGAUAACAGAAAUGGCAGCAGUAAUGAGGAAAGCCAUUGAAAUUGAUGAGCAACAGGGUUGCAAGGAACAGGAACGAAUAUUUCAACUUGAACAAGAAAACAAAGGUUUGAGAGAGAUCCUGCAAAUAACUCGAGAAUCAUUUCUGAACCUUAGGAAAGAUGAUGUGUCUGAAAGUUCAUCUUUGUCAGCAUUAGUGACCAAUAGUGACCUGAGUCUGAGGAAGAGCUGAAGAGCCUGUAAGUCUGUGAGCUUCUUGCAAGGCUCCAAAUGGUCACUGGGACUGGCCUACUGACAUGAAUGAAUUAACAGAAAAAUCCAUCUCAAGCAACACUUUAUUUUUUUUCUAUAGUAUGUACAGUGCACUGGCAAUGACAUUCUUACGCUGGCAAAAAUGCAGAAUUAAUGGUUGUAGAUUUUAUUCCAAAAUAUAAUUAAAAAAUAGAAACUUUGUUAAUUGGGGAACAAACUAAAGAUUUUUUGAGUGACUGCUGAACCUAAUAGCAGUACUGUUGAUAUUCUGGCUGAUACUUGGAUAAACAUGAAUAUUCCCAAUAAAUGUUUGGGAAUUCAUAACAUUAUCCAAAUUUUAAAAUACACAUCUUGGCACAGUUUUGUGAAUGGAAGACUAUCAUAUUAAAUGUUAUUUCUCCUUGUUUGGUGUCAGAGUUAACAAAUAGCUUAUGUACUGUGAGAUUUCAGCUUUAAUGGUUGCCUGUCUACCUUCCCAUUACUGUAAAUUUUGGUCAAAGAAAAUUCAGUUUGCAAGACUGUAGGAAUGUUUCAAAUGCACCAUAAACAAAAGUUAAUUUAAUUUUAGCUGAUUUGCCAUAAUUAAAAUACUCCACUAACAAUUAUCCAUAAGUUUAAGUAUAUGAAAUAUCAUUUCAGGAAUGAAAGAGAAAGAAUAUUACUUUCUAAGAAAGAUCUUAUAGGAGACAUAUUAGUAGGUUAAACUACUCCUUUGAGAGAUUUAAGUUUUGGUUCUAAAUAAUGAAGAUGAGAUUUUUCUCUUCUCUGGUUGAUCUUUAAGGAUAUUAGGUAGUUAUUUUAGCUAAGAGAGUUGCAAUGUUUGAUAUAGCAAGCUAGGUAUGGUAAUGUCAAAGUAAAUUGGGAAUUCCUCUGCCUCAUUGAACCCUUUUUUAAAAGUAUUCUUAAGAAAUACAGAAAGUAAAUUAAAAUUUCAAAAUAAAAUUUGUUUUCUGGUCCUCAUAACCUGUAAGAUUUUUCUUAUACUCUAUCAGUCAAAGGGUGGGGGUGGGGAUGAGAGGAAAUCUGUAGAUUUAUAAAUAUUUGGUUUUUUUUGUUUUUUUUUUUUUACAAAAUCUAUAUCCAGUAUGUAAAUUUUUAAAAGCCACUAGAAAAAGAAAUGUACUUUAACAUCAAUUGAAAUCUAAAUUUUUCUUAUUUUAUGAUUAUAGAAGGAUAAAAAUAUCAAAUAUGAUUAAAUAUACUAAUUUAUACUAAAAUUAGCACAAUAGAAAAUUCUGCUUUUGGGUAUGUAAUUUGUUAAAGAAAUAUUCACAUGGUAGCUUUUGUGUAUAAUUUCAUAUAUUGGUAAAAUUCAAAGCUACUUUUCACUUUGGAAUUUUUGUACAUUAAGUUUGGAGUAAGUGGGGCUGAUGUGGCUGAUUGAAAAGGGCUAAUGGCCCAAACACUGAAUAGAUUCUUUUUUCAGAGGCCUUAAUUGAUAUUUUAUAAAUGACAGUUUUUAUUUUUAACCUUUUCUAUUGGUUUGGGGUAAAGAAUCUGUUAAUUUGGUGGCACAUUCAUUCAUACAGUUUUUAUCCCAAGUCAGAAUUUAAAAAAAUACACAGUUGAGAUGAAGUCUGAGGCAAUUCAUUGAGGCAGCUCUAUUAUAAAAUGUUUCUUGAUAACUAUUUUUUUAUAAACAAGUUAAUUUAUUCUUGGUCUUCUUACUUGGAUAUAAUUUUAAGAUCUUGGCGUUUAAAGACAUUUACUUUGUUACAUAGCAACAGUUUUCCAUCCAUAUAUUUUUUGUUUUUAAGCAGAACCUUAAAUCUAUGUCUGAGAGUGUAUACUGCAUAGGAGCCUAUUUUAUCAAUAAAGGUGAGUGGUUGAAAUUGA